AUGACUCGCGCGAGUGAUUUAACAUAUUUAUUUCGUGCUGUAUUUACUACAUGGACUUUCCUUUGGUUUCUUCAACAUGUUUGGAAUAUUGAUCGAUUUGAAGCAUUACGAUGGCGGCGAGUUAAAAGAUUCGAAUUGAAAUCUGCAAUCACAAUAUUACUAUGCAUCAUGUGUCCGUUACUGGCAACUUACGAUAUUGCUACUUCAAAAAUAAAGUAUACUGAAGGUUUCAUGGUAAUUCCGUUUAACGGUGAAAUUAUUACAAAGCCAGUGCAAUUUUGGAGUGAUGAUAACCGACGGUUGGUUAUGCCUAUCAAUUAUAUUCUCUGUGCCAGUUUUAGUGCUCAAACGUGCUUGUUAUUCUUGCUUCAGUCAUUUUGGAAUUAUCUUGCAAAUAAUAUAGCAAAAACAACUUUUAUGGGUAGUUUUGAAUUCAAAUCAUAUAUAAUAUACUCCGUAUUCAGUAUGGCCUUAUUUCCAUUACUGCAAUGGUUGUUUCGUUACGAUGAUGUGUACACUGAAGUAGUCCCUCAAUUGGCUUAUGGUGUAAUGAUGUUCAUAAUCGGUUUAUUGGGUGUAAGAUCUCAUUGGAGAUUUACAAGAUUAUUAAGAAUUACUAGGAUAUUUGUUACCUUGAUUUUGAUUUUUUAUCCUUCAUCAAAUACUCUAAAUGAUACGUUAAUGAUGGCCAAAAGUGUCGCUUCUUCUUACAAUGCUCCAUCGAAAGGUAACUUAUUGGAACCUCCAAGUCGUAGAUGGUCAAGGUUCAAUCAAAAUAAUGAAAAUAGCUCUUGGUCUUCACAAGGUUCUUCAAGAAAUGAUCGUGCAAGUUGGUACUUGGAUGUUAAUGAUGAUCCUUCCGUUGCUGCUCGAAAUAACUUGAAUAAAUCACGUCCGACUUCUGUAUCGUUUGAUAUACCUCCAUUACCCACUUCUGUAACUCUUAAUAAUCUUCCUCCAAACUCUCCUCCAUCAAUUUAUAAGCCAUCUGCUACACGUGAAACGAGAAAUUCUUCUUCAUUUUAUUUUACUUCAAAUGCUUUAUUACCAAGUCCAAUCCAUCCAUCAUCUACCCCAUUACCUGCACAACAACAACCUACAAAUCUACCAUCAUCUGCCAUCACUUCUGAUCAUACAAAUAAUUCAAAUAACUCUCGUUCACUUAAUUCUUCAAAACCUUCGACUACCGAAACUUUAAAAUAUCCAUCAUCUCCUUUAUCAAAAAUUAAUAGAAAUAGUUUGGCUUCAUUAGCAUCUUUGGAGGAUCAAAUGUUUACUGGAAAUAGUUCAACUCCACCUCAUGAUCAUCAUCAUGAUAUUUCUCCAUUAAUUCCAUCUCAAUUAACUCGUAAAGGAUCAAAUAAUUCAUUAAAUUCCGAAAAGGAUUUCGUAUAUAUUUCCCGAAAGAAUGCAAGGAUGUCAACAAUAUCUAAUAGAGAUAGACCAAUAAUUAAAGUGACUACUUCAACAUCAUCUUUCAAAAUUUCUUCAAAUCUUACCGAUGAUGAAUAUAGUGAUAUUGAUGAAUAUUUACCAACUAAUAGUAAAGUUACUAAAUCUGGAAAAUUUGUUAAAAAGAAAAAAGUAACAUUGAUGGAUGGUAAUCAAAAAGCUUCAGUAAGAUUUCAACAAAGGCAAGAAGAGUUACUAAAACAGAAACAAAAAUCAUUAGCGUUAAUGAUUGGUGAUAAUGGAAAUGAUGACAUUCGAAUGUCACAGCAAUAUCCAUACAUAGUAACUCAAGUUAAUGAACUUGAAAAUAAAGACAAUAACGAUAGUUCACAAAAACUUUCAAGGGUACCAUCUUCACCUACUUUGGAAAGAUUUGCACUAGAUUGUACUAAUGUUACUCCGUUAAAUAAAGUAACACCAAGGUCAUCAUCAUUAAGAUUUAAAGCAUACAAUAAUUUGAAAACUGAUGUUGUAGAAAUGGAGAGAUUAGAUUCACCAACUUCUUCUUCUUCAAACUCUUCACCUAAAUCAUCGUCAACUGCAUCACCUAUAACACCAAUAUCAACAACUCCCAUAUCACCAACAUCAACGUUAGCAGCAUCCAUAUCACCAACAUCACCAUUAUCAACAAAUUCAUUAUCACAAUCAUCCACUGUACCGAAUUUCAAAAGUGCACCUUUUUCAAUUAUGCCAAAAGGUAAACCUGGUAUAUUGAUGAAUUAUAAAGAUAUAAAUUAUGACCAAAAUAACAAGUUUUAA